AUGGCGGUUUUAGUAAUAUCUGCUCUCCUGCUGCAUGUCCUAGCGUCUUCAACCUGUGUUCAAGGCUUCUACCGUCGUGGCGGCCACCAUCCUGGGGGCCAUGGAGGACCGUGGAUCAACGCUCAUGCUACUUUCUAUGGCGGUGGUGAUGCUUCCGGCACUAUGGGUGGAGCAUGCGGGUACGGGAAUCUGUACAGCCAAGGUUACGGAACAGAGACGGCUGCGUUGAGCACCGCGUUAUUUGAUAACGGACUUAGCUGUGGUGCCUGUUUCGAGCUGAAGUGUGUCAACGAUCCUCAGUGGUGCAUACAAGGCCGGUCCAUCGUGGUCACUGCCACUAACUUUUGUCCUCCUGGUGGCGCUUGCGAUCCUCCCAACCACCAUUUCGAUCUUUCUCAGCCCAUCUAUGAGCAUAUCGCUCUCUACAAGUCCGGUAUCAUUCCGGUUAUGUACAGAAGGGUUCGGUGCAAUAGAAGAGGCGGGAUAAGGUUUACGAUCAACGGUCACUCGUACUUUAACUUGGUGCUGGUCACAAACGUGGGUGGAGCCGGGGACGUACACUCUGUGUCAAUGAGAGGGUCAAGGUCAAAAUGGCAGUUAAUGUCAAGAAAUUGGGGGCAAAAUUGGCAGAGCAACUCUUAUCUCAAUGGUCAAAGUCUGUCGUUUGUUGUCACCACAAGUGAUCGCCGAAGUGUCGUGUCGUACAAUGUUGCUCCUCCCAGUUGGUCCUUUGGCCAGACCUACACCGGAGGGCAGUUUCGGUACUAA